UGAUUGGCAACGUCUCUAAAUUUCUCAGCCCAAAACUCGGCACAGCCUUUAUCUCUCCUCAAAUUUUAUCCGCUCCCAAACAAGAGAGAAGAAAUGAGCGGCCUUUCAACACACCCGUUAAUUCAGUUGAAAAUCCGUCCCCAAUUUCGCUCCAAAUUUAGCAGAAAAUCCGUAACCAUAUAUGCUCGAAUUGACAAUUCUCAAACGUCACAAGAUCAACAGCAGGAACUCAAUCUUUCUGUUCUUCGCUUCACAUUUGGUAUACCUGGAUUGGACGAAUCGUACUUGCCCCGAUGGAUAGGCUGCGGGUUCGGCUCGCUUCUGCUAUUGAACCAUUUUCUGGGUUCCAAUUCUGCCACCAGCCCGCCACAGCUGAGAACGGAGGCUUUGGGUCUUUCGUUAGCCGCAUUCUCAAUUGCACUUCCUUUCUUUGGAAGAUUUCUCAAGGGUGCUACUCUAGUGGAUCAGCCAGCUCUUCCUCAAGGCGCUGAGCAAAUAUUUGUGAUGUCAGAGAAUAUUUCCAAUACUCAGAAGGAGGACUUGGCUUGGGCAACCUAUGUUUUAUUGCGAAAUACAAAUACCAUUGCUGUGGUAUGUCCUCUGUUGAUAUCAAUUCAAGGGGAACUAUGUGUUCGUGGAUACUGGAGCACUCCAGAUAAUUUAUCGAAAACUCAACUACUCGAUUGGUUUAAGAGGCAGAUUGAAAAUAUUGGCUUGUUUGACCUGAAGGAAACUCUCUAUUUUCCACAGAUUUCAGAAUCUGGACUCUGGGAGAUGCUUACCAAGGGGACUCGUUCACUACUGGUAGAGCCAGUGAUUCAAGGUAUAGGCCGAAGUACCAAUGAGAUGGAAAAGACUGAAGAUUUUGUCUUGCUGGCUUCAAGUAUUGGGUAUGCAUAUAAUGAUAAGGAUAGAGCCUGGAUAAGAGCAGUGGCGAACAAAUUUGCAGGUUGGAUAUAGCUUUCUUCUUCAGGGUAUAUCUGCAGUUCCAUGUGAUUGGCAAAUGAGCGAAGUGCACAAAAGAAAUUGUGGAACAGGUAGAGGCUUGACCGUGUUUUGAAGGGCCUCCUUAUGUUUAUAUCCAAAAAAAUCAAACUCCAAAACUUUGAAUUCUCCCAUAGGUUCAUUCAAUUUCAUUUUGAGGUAAAGGAAAAAUAAUUAAAUGUGAGUGUCUCUACUUAAAAGGUUUGCAACAUCUUUUUUGUAAUCUGAUUUGCCACUUAAAACUUCCUUGGUCAAAUAUUUAUCUGCAUGAUUAUGUGCUUUCUUCAUUAAAUCUGACCAUGCUGUGGAUUAGGUUCCGCACUGAGAUUCAAGAACACUUGGCUUCUUACAAAAACUUUUCCAAGCCAAACACCAGAUUCUGCCACAGUGACAGACAAAAGGAAUGAUUUUACUUCAAGUAGGCUGAAGGCUGAAGCAAAAAAGUAGAUGAUAACACAAUUGAUUACCUUAAGACGAAUGACCUUUCUAAUAGCCAAGAGUAGACCAGGCAUGAGGCAUUGCACAUCUGUGAUAUCAUGUUUGAUAGAGUAAACCUGUGGUCAACAGUAUCAAAUGGUUGGAUUAUCGCGCUAGCAGGGUAUUAUCCAUCCUAAUCAUUUUUAAUGUUCAGAAAACUAAACGAGAAACGAUACCUCUCCCGGGCCAGAGAAGUAAACUGUUGUGCUGGAGGGUAGUCCAGGUAGGACUAAGCUAUGCACCCUAACACCAUCUUCUCCCAAAACUUGGCCUCUGGCCUUACGGCAUGAAAACAAAAUGAGUGAUCUUAGUACACACUCGAAGCCUUUCUACUUCUGAUGAAUAUUUCUUUGAACCCUUAAAUGUAAGUUGGUCUUUCCAUGUCUUUCACGCAUUUAAGACAAGGCCCAAAUGGGAAGCAAUAUGUUCUUGGUUUAUCUUUUUAUGUACUUGAAAUUGAAUAAAUUUGGUUUUCACCUUCUUUCAA